GAAAAAUGAUAAAAAUUUUAAAAGUUGGCAUCUUAAUUAUUUCAGUGACGGAGUUGGACGCAUGUAAAUGUAUUUGUGGGCUACCCAAUGUUAAAACGGGUAGGGGCCUUCACACCAAAUCGGAACCCAUCGAAGAUAAAAGGGAUGACAGAUUACAUCCACCCAUUCAGUUCAAGCCCUCUAGCUAUACCAAGCAAACAAUGGAUUCCAACAUCCUCCGUUUCUUACCUUCAAAAUCACCAGCGCCAGCUAUCCUCAUCUCCCCCAGAAAACCCUCAACAGCAACAGCUAUGCCAUUGCUUCUAUCACGGCCGCCGCGGAGAUGUCUCAGAAUCAUUUCUACAAACGGCACAAGCAACAGCAGUAGCAGAGACACUCCAGGCAACGAUCCACCAUCACCAACACCAGAAACUGUGGAAAUACGGUUUAGACGAGGUUCGAGGAAGCGAAGACAGCAGAUGAAGGAUGGACAAGCCAUGAAGGCCCAAACUUCUUCACCUCCUGCUCCCAAGAAGUGGGAGGACAUGAGUGUUGCAGAGAAGGCAACAGAGCUCUACGUGGGAGAGAAGGGACUGCUCUUUUGGCUUAACAAGUUUGCUUACGCCUCCAUUUUCAUUGUAAUUGGAGGUUGGAUACUGUUUCGGUUUGUGGGUCCUUCGCUCAAUCUGUACCAGUUGGAUACUCCUCCACUGGCUCCUACCUCCAUAUUUAAAGGUUAAUAAACUGUCGUCUUCAAGCAGGAGAGCCAUUUACUUUCUUUUUUUUCUUUUCGCUCUUUACUACCAGAAAUUUUGUAUGAUAGAUUUCUAGUUCACAGCCGAAUUGCUUAUAGUAUUUAGCAAACCUGCUACACAA